AGUGUUUUUCUUUACAGGUAAAAGGAGAGAGACUUAUUUUCCUCCCAUCGUUCAAACCCUAAAAAUAGAACUACCCCCAAACAAAAUCCCUCCAUUCCUCAUCCAUAUUUUCCAUCAUGAGCAACGAAUAUGAUUACCUAUUCAAGCUUCUUUUAAUUGGAGAUUCAUCUGUUGGAAAAUCAUGUCUGCUUCUCAGAUUUGCUGAUGAUUCGUAUGUUGAUAGUUACAUCAGUACGAUUGGAGUCGAUUUUAAAAUUAGAACUGUGGAGCUGGAUGGGAAAACAGUCAAGCUUCAGAUUUGGGAUACUGCUGGACAGGAGCGAUUCAGGACAAUAACGAGUAGUUAUUAUCGAGGUGCACAUGGAAUCAUUAUUGUCUAUGAUGUUACUGAUAUGGAGAGUUUCAACAAUGUAAAGCAGUGGUUGAACGAAAUUGAUAGAUAUGCAAAUGACAGUGUGUGCAAGCUUCUCGUUGGUAAUAAGAGUGAUUUGGUUGAUAAAAAGGUCGUAGACACAGAGACCGCUAAGGCGUUUGCAGACUCACUUGGGAUUCCUUUCCUUGAGACUAGUGCUAAAGAAGGCUCAAAUGUGGAGCAAGCUUUUCUAACCAUGGCUGCUGAGAUUAAGAAAAAAAUGGGAAACCAACCUACUUCUGACAACAAGGGAUCAACUGUUCAAAUGAAGGGGCAGCCAAUUCAGGAGAAAAGUAAUUGUUGCAGCUAGCCAUGAUGUGUAUUUUCUUUUACCAACACUGUGAUAUGACGAUGAUAAGAAGCUUAGAUAGAUGACUGUUUUUGCUUUCUUGUAUGGAUGUUGGAUUAGAAUCUAAACUUGAAAUGUAACCAUUGUGGAUUUCUAUUCUGUGUUGCAAUUAUAUGCUUGUCUGGAAAGAUCAGUAAACCAUACAAACACCAAACAUUUGUGGUGGGCUGAACAUAUUGAGUCAAAGAUAUAAAUAACUCUGGACUCUUCUUGUUUGAA